UGGCAGCUGAAGGACCCUUUGUGUCUGAAAAAAUCACCUCAGUGUGAAACCGGUGAAUGUUUGUUAGUAACUGCCGAUUUAUUUAUUAUUUCACCGCUUGAGUUCGACAAGAUUCCACAUACAACUGAACAUUAAUCGGGCUGUGAGCGGCGGGAUCUCAGUUGAACACCGUUCUUACUUGAUUUAUUAACAUCCGGCGAUCAAACAAACAAACAGCGACGUAUAAGUCCGAAUUCAAUCCGAAUCUGAAUAUGAGCGAAACUCUGGGUCGAGUUGAAGUGUGUGAAAGUCUCUUGACAUGGAUUCAGACGUUUGGUGUGGAGGCUCCAUGUUCAUCAGUAGAUGAUCUGACCAGUGGAAUGGCCAUGGCACAAGUUCUACAGAAAGUUGAUGCUAUGUACUUCACUGACGCUUGGAUCGCUCGAAUUAAAGCUGAUGUUGGGGACAACUGGAGGUUAAAGGUCAGCAAUUUAAAGAAAAUACUGAAAGGUAUUCUGGAUUACAACCAUGAGGUGUUGGGUCAGCAGAUGAAUGACUUCACUCUUCCAGACGUCAGUCUCAUUGGAGAACACUCAGAUCCCGCUGAACUGGGUCGGAUGUUGCAGCUCAUUUUAGGCUGUGCGGUGAACUGUGAACAGAAACAGGAAUAUAUCCAGACCAUAAUGAUGAUGGAGGAAUCCGUCCAGCACGUUGUCAUGACGGCCAUCCAGGAGCUGAUGAGUAAAGAGACGCCCGUGUCCGCAGGCAGUGACUCUUACAUAGUUCUGGAGAGACAGUUGAAGAAGACGGCAGAGGAUCUGAAUGACGCUUUAUCCACUAAAGAAGAAGUCGCUCAGCGCUGUCAUGAACUCGACAUGCAGGUGGCGGCUCUUCAGGAGGAGAAGAGCAGUCUGCUGGCUGAGAAUCAGGUGUUAAUGGAGAGACUCAACCAAUCUGACUCCAUCGAGGAUCUGAACAGUCCGGCCGGCCGCAGACACCUGCAGCUGCAGACCCAACUCGAACAGCUGCAGGAAGAGACCUUCAGACUGGAAGCAGCUAAAGAUGAUUACCGUAUUCGAUGUGAGGAGCUGGAGAAGGAGUUACUGGAGGUCAGGGGUCAAAACGAGGACUUGACCUCUCUGGCCGAGGAGGCGCAGUCACUGAAAGAUGAGAUAGAUGUUCUCAGGCACUCCUCUGAUAAGGUGUCGAAGCUGGAGGCUCAGGUGGAGGUGUAUAAGAAGAAGCUGGAGGAUCUUGGAGACCUGAGACGUCAGGUGAAGCUCUUAGAGGAGAAGAACACCAGCUACAUGCAGAACACAGUCACUCUGGAGGAAGAUCUGCGUAAAGCCAAUGCCACACGAGGACAGCUGGAAACCUACAAGAGACAGGUGGUGGAACUUCAGAACAAACUCUCUGAGGAGUCCAAAAAAGGCGAUAAGAUGGAGUUUGAGUAUAAGCGUGUGAAGGAGAAAGUCGACUCUCUUCAGAAGGACAAAGAUAGGAUGAGAACAGAGAGAGAUUCUCUGAAGGAGACGAUUGAAGAGCUGAAGUGUGUGAAAGCUCAGGAGUCUCAGCUCACAUCAGGUUUGGUGCCACUCGGAAGUAACGAGCCGUCCGAUUCGCUGGCUGCAGAAAUUGUUACACCAGAGAUUCGGGAGCGUCUGAUUCGACUGCAGCAUGAGAAUAAGAUGUUGAAGUUGGCUCAGGAGGGAUCAGAUAAUGAACAGAUCGCUCUGCUCACCAGCUUACUGGAGGACGCCAACAGCAGAAAGAAUGAACUGGAGACAGAGAGCAGACUAGUGAAUCAGAGGUUACUGGAGCGUCAGUCUCAGGUGGAGGAACUGCAGAAGUCUCUUCAGGAACACGGAUCUAAAUCAGAUGAUUCUGCUGUAAUGAAGAGGAAAUGUCAGGAACAUCUAGAGAAGUUAAGAGAUGUGUCUAAUGAACUACAGAAGAAGAGUUGUGUGAUUGAAGAUAUGGAGAGCAGAAUGUUUUCCAGCGCUCAGACCAUUGAAGAACUGGAGGAAGCGCUCAAGAAGAAAGAUGAAGAUAUGAAACAGAUGGAAGAAAGAUACAAGAAAUACCUGGAGAAAGCCAAAAGUGUGAUUCGGACUCUGGACCCCAAACAAAAUCAAGGUUCUGCUCCUGAAGUUCAAGCCCUGAAGAACCAGCUGCAGGAGAGAGAGAGAAUGCUGCACUCUCUAGAGAAGGAGUACGACAAGACAAAGUCUCAGCGAGAUCAGGAGGAGAAACUCAUUGUGUCUGCCUGGUACAAUAUGGGAAUGGCUCUGCAGAAGAAAGCGGCUGAGGAUCGAUUGGCCAGCACGGGAUCGGGUCAGUCUUUCCUGGCCCGACAGAGACAGGCCACCAGCGCCCGCCGGGCGUAUCCGGGCCACGUGCAGCCCACCGCAGCCAGUGAUGUUAAAGCAUGACCAGCAGGGGGCGGGGCUACAUGACUUUUCGUUUAACUCAUCCGUACCCACUAACACAUCAUGAACUUCUAACCGCUGAAGCCGUGUGGUACUAACACGCCCCUGUGGUCACAUGACGGGUCAGUGAGGUGUCAAUCAUUCUGUCAUGUGUGUUGUCUUUAAAACUGACCUGUGAUCAGUGUCAGAACCUGACUUGCAGAACGAUGAUCUUUUUGGUUUUCAUCGGACAUCUCCGCAUUUGUGUUUUAUUGUUUUAUAAUCUGUGUGGAAUUGUGUGACAGUAUUUGAUCUGGAGUUACUGACAGAAGAUUGAGUCACUGUGCCUUCACUCGUAUUUAUUGAUUCUGUCUUUAUGGUUCGGCUGCUCUGAUGGACGUGUGUAUCUGACAACGCAGUAUUUCCACUCACAGCUGUCCUAUGGACACGUCUGAUCUGUUACCGACAGUGUUGCAACCGCUUCUUUUUUUGUGUGAGAUCAGUAUGUGCGUUUUACUUUAGAUAUGAUGUUGCUCAGACAACUUUAAUUUGAAUUCUGCUGCUGUUUUCCACAAGUAAAUUGAUGAAUAUUCAUUCUCCAGCAUAUAUAUAUAUAUAUAUAUAUAUUUGUGUUUGUGUUGUUUUUAAUGCAGGAUUUUAAUAUUUCAGUUUGUAUUAGAAAGAGGUUUUUCAGAGGGUCAUAUAAACUUCUCUCGCCUGCACCAGAUGAACAUUUUGGAAAAUACAGUUACAGUUUUGUUUUUAUUCUCUCAUUACAUUUAGCUGAUAUGUAGUUCGGAUGCUUCUUUCAACUUGCCAAGUUUUAUAUUGUUUGUAUAGAAUAUGUACAUGCUGUAUGUGAGGCAGUUUUACAAGAACGGAUGGAUUAUUAGAUGCAAUUCAUGCUGUGUCUUCAUUAAAACUCUUUUGAGGAGUUUGUGCUUCCAAUGCUACAAAACUGUACAGUUGUUGUUCAAGUUGUAAAUAAAGCUUGUAUAAAAGAUU